AUGGGGAGGCUUUUUAGCUUGUUCAUGGGAGCUCUGGUUUCUGUUGUGGCCAGUGCUAUUGUUCACAGCGCUUCCCAUGUCUGGGCAACAUACAAUUACUACAACCCCGAGCAGAUCGGGUGGGACUUGAACGCGGCCAGCGCUUACUGCGCGACCUGGGACGCGAACAAGCGCCUUGCAUGGUGCAAGAAGUACGGUUGAACCGCCUUGUCUGGCCUGGCCGGGCCUUGCGGGCAGGCCUCUUGCGGCCAGUGCUUAAGGGUAACCAACACGGGGACCGGAGCUCAGGCGACGGUGAGGAUCAUCGACCAGUGCAGCAACGGAGGGUUGGAUUUGGAUGCCGGCGUGUUUCAAAGGUUGGACACCGACGGAAGUGGCAACGCUCAAGGCCAUCUCAUCGUGAACUAUCAGUUCGUCGCUUGCUAA